AGGAAGAUGGUCGCCACAUACAUUUCUCCUGUUGAAGAGAAAUAAUCCUGAUCUCGUGCCUGAAGAAUUCAGAGGGAUAUUUCAAAAUGGGAAUGAAGUUUUUACGCCAAACAAAUCCAUGGAAUAUUAUUUUUUACAGCGCCUGGGACUAAAUUGUUUUCAGACCAUAUUCACUGGCUGCCUUCCUUGUAACUUUCAAAACUUUUUUUUAAAUCUCACAUUAUGGACCUAUCAGGCUCUUUGCCUCCACCUUCCCCAUACACCUUCCCUAUUAUCCCCAAUUUCUCUGUGCCCUCCUCCUCUCCCUCCAUCUCUCCAUCACCCAGCCUGGCAUCCACAGCUCUCUUCUGCUCCCUCCUCUCCCUCCUCUCCUUGCUGGGCAUCACAGGAAACCUGUACACUAUGGGCCUCCUUCUGAGGCGCAGGACAAGUAGAAGAAGACGUGGAGCAGGAACGGCCUGCUGCUUGAUGAGAGUACCUGUACCAUCCUGCCUUGCCAACUCCUCCUCCCCUUCCUCCCCUUCCUCCUCUAGCUCCCCGACCUCCUCUCUUCAUCUCCAGGUGCUGAGCCUUGCUCUUGCUGAUCUGCUCUACCUUUUCACCGCUCCCUUCAUCGUAUACGACAGCCUGGCGUCAGGCUGGGCCUUUGGUGAGCCGGGCUGCCGUCUCCUGCUGAGCCUCGACCUCCUCACCAUGCACGCUUCCAUCUUUACUCUCACCGCCAUGAGUCUGGACCGCUACCGGGCUGUGGCCCGUCCCCUGCACACCUCCUCCUCCAACUCCUCCAGCCUGCUGCGUGUAGGCCUGGCCUGGGGACUGGCUGUGGCUCUCAGCCUGCCCAUGAUGAUCACGCUGCACCUGGAGGAUGGGGAGAACCAGGAGGGCCAGCUGUGUGUGCCGGCAUGGGACGAGCAGAGCUCCAAGGCCUAUCUGAGCGUGCUUUUCUGCACCAGCAUUCUUGGUCCCGGGCUAGCCAUUGGAGCACUUUAUGCUACUCUAGGCCGGCUUUACUGGGUGUCUCAGACCAGGCCAGCCUGGGCCACGGGGGGGACAAGCACUGCUUGUCCCCCCCGUGCACCCAAACCCAAAGUCCUGCUCCUCAUCCUCGGUAUUGUUCUGGCCUUCUGGGCCUGCUUCCUCCCUUUCUGGAUCUGGCAGCUGCUGCCUCUCUAUCAGCCCGACAUGCUGCGGACAGUACCAGUAGGGACGCAGGUGACAGUGAAUCGUAUCCUCACAGGGCUGACGUAUGGGAACUCCUGUGUGAAUCCAUUCUUCUACACGCUAUUGACUGGAAAACGAAAACGCAAGCGGCAGACGAUGACAUCAGCAAAUCAGCUCUGCCGUAAGAGCAGUCCACUGCAGUAGUGUGUGUGUCUCUGACAGUAAAGACAAUAAUGUGAGUGUGUACAUACACAUGUGACAAGGUACUGUAUAUGAAUGCUUUAUGAGUUCCAUAAUAGGCACCAAAGACGACUGAUUUAUCCUUAGACUAAAAACUAAGGAAACAGAACGAUACUAAGCAAAUGAUAACACUUUGUGUAAAUGCUUUGAGAUUGGAAGACAAUCAAAAAGACAAUCUCAGUAAGAUGUGUCACCUAAUAAAUGCUUUAUUUGAUAACAUUUUACAAACUUUGAUGGUCUGAAAUAAUGUGUCUUUAAUUGAUGUAGUUACCAAGUUAAUUAUUUGGUUUUAAAUGUUUUCAUAUUACAUUUGAGCCUAUGGUAAAGUAAUAAAAUGGCAUUUCUAACAAAAGUAGUUAAUGCAGUAAUUACUUGUGCAGAGUAAUUUACCCAAAAACAGAUUUAAUAACAGAGAUUUAUGGUUUAUUUAGUCAACAGAGCACACAAGCAUUUCCAGUAAAGCCCUGAUGCACUUCUGCUUUUUUUCAGAGAACUAUCAAAGAAAAUGUUUGUUUUUGAACAACUGGCUGUAACUGGUCAGAACCUCUUGGGACAUUUUUCUGAGACAUUGUUUGUUGACAUAAUGAAUUAUGUUUGAGCGGGUCAACAGUCUUUUGUUUGCUUCCCCUGAACACUGACAUAUCCCAAAAAAAAACUGACU